AAAGCCACAAAAACCCCGGCGCCAGAGCUAGGCCGAGCAGAGCAGCGCUGCGAAGCCGAGGCCAAGCGGAAUCUUCAGAGACCGGACACUGCCUGCGCCUUGGCCGCUGCAGCCAUCUCUCUUAUCUCUUGCCUACCUUUCGCCUCGUCUCUUUCUCCAACGCCGUUCCGCAGCCGCAGCACCAUCGAUAAAAGCUAAGUGGUCAAUUCAAGGACUUGGGGUUGGGAGUCGGGGCGGGCGCAAGGCGCGGGUAGCACACGGGAGCCCGCCAUCUCCUGCGGCAACAGCUACUGCUUGCAGACAGCCCGCCAGGGCGGGAGAGGGGAACACUGUCAAGAGGUUCACGCUGUCCCAGUGCCCACCGUCAGAGUUAGAACGCUUCUACCAAGCCUUGGUGAGAGCCUUGCGCCUGGGGAAGGGAGGACGGACGGAGACACAGAGAUCACGAAAAAAGAUCUCAUAUUGGAUAGUGUUGACUUUUUGUCAGCUUAAUCGAGCAGGUCGCAAUUUUACCAAAGCCUCCUUAAAAACCCGGAGCCAUGUCGCCCCCAACUGUGCCUCCAAUGGGCGUAGAUGGCGUGUCCGCAUACCUGAUGAAGAAAAGGCACACACACAGGAAGCAGCGACGCAAGCCCACUUUCCUCACCCGUAGGAACAUCGUGGGCUGCCGCAUUCAACACGGCUGGAAGGAAGGCAACGAGCCCGUGGAGCAGUGGAAGGGCACCGUGCUCGAGCAGGUUUCCGUGAAGCCCACUCUCUACAUCAUCAAAUACGAUGGCAAAGAUAGUGUGUAUGGACUAGAACUGCACCGAGAUAAGAGAGUUUUAGCGCUAGAGAUCCUUCCUGAGAGAGUGCCAACUCCUCGCAUUGAUUCGCGCCUGGCAGAUUCCCUGAUUGGCAAAGCAGUGGGGCAUGUGUUUGAGGGUGAGCACGGUAGGAAAGAUGAAUGGAAGGGCAUGGUCUUGGCGCGAGCCCCCGUGAUGGACACUUGGUUUUAUAUCACCUACGAGAAAGAUCCCGUCCUUUAUAUGUACACGCUGCUGGAUGACUACAAAGAUGGUGACCUGCGCAUCAUUCCAGAUUCCAACUACUAUUUCCCUACAGCAGAACGAGAACCUGGAGAAGUGGUUGACAGCCUCGUGGGCAAGCAAGUGGAGCACGCCAAAGAUGACGGAUCCAAGAGAACCGGCAUUUUCAUCCAUCAAGUGGUGGCCAAGCCGUCUGUCUACUUCAUUAAGUUUGAUGAUGAUAUCCACAUUUAUGUCUAUGGUUUGGUGAAAACCCCCUAAAUUCAUUGUGGUCUUUGCAAAAGUUGUGGAACUAUUAAAUGUAAAAUAUGUCGUGUUCUUGUAAUUGUGAACUUUUGAUAACAGUUUUGGUGUCACAGAUUCAGGAACUUAUUGUUACUUAUUACUUAUUGUGCCUCCAAAUCUUACAUUCACUAGUUCCACAGUUUUGCCCCAAGUAUACUUUGGUACUUUUGAUAUUGCCUUGUUCUGUAAUUGAAAAUUUAAAUUAGGUGCUAAUAGAAAAUUGAGAAGUGUUUGCAACCAUUGGAACAAAGAAAAACUAGAUAAGGAAAAAUUAAUGGUGUAACGCCAAACCCUCUCCUUUCUAUUUCCUUACCUUCCCUCCUUUCUUCUCCCCAGGUAGCAAGUCUUAAGAACAUGAGGUAUACCCUUCCAGUUUUCCCCAUCCUCUUACAGAAAGUUUGUUGUAGUUGUUCCUGUAAAAAUGACAAGCCAUAUCAUUUCUCUGUAAUUGUUUUUCUCACUCGGUAUAUCCAUGGCAACUCUUCUGAUCAGUAGCUGCAGACAGCUCUCCCUCUUCCUCUCCCCCUUCCACUCCUCUUACUCUCCCCCUCUCCCUCUGGAAUUUAUUUCUGUAUAUGGUAUAAGAUAGAGGUCCAACUAUACAUUUUGUUCACAUUGUAUACCUAAUUUUGCCAUCACAUUUAUUACAUAAAUCACCUAUUUCCUCUCUCCCUCUCUUUCUCCUUCUCCUCCUCCCUGCCUCUGACAGCUGCAUACAUAGUACAUGUUUAUGUACCAAAAAGGUAUUCAACUAUUCCCUUAUUGAUGGUCAUUUAAGUUAUUUCCUUUCCUUGUUGCACCAUAGCACUGCUGCAGUACAUUUUGGUGCUUUUGUAUCUAUAGAGUAGAUUCCCAGAAAUGGGAUUGCUAGGUAGGUAUAUAUUUAAUUUUAAGAGAUUAUUACAAAAUUACCAUCCAAAAUCAAAGUGCUCAUUUUCCAGCAUCCUCUCCAGCACUCUUUAAUGUUUGCAAAUCUGAAGAGUGAAAACUUACAUAGUAUUGUUUCUUUAAGUGAUAAACUCAACGAGGAUUUUAUGUUUUGUUUUUUAUUUGGAUUUCUUUUUUGUGAUUUGCCAGUGCUUAUCCUUUGCUCAUUUAUCUAUUGAAUCUUUGCUCUUUUUCUUAUAAAUUUGUAGGAAUUCUUACUAUAUUUUCUAUAUGGUGCAUAUUAAUCAUUUGUAGCCAAUAUGUAUUAUGAUUUUUUCCAUCCUUUUAUUAAUCUUGACUUUUCUGAUUGUAUCUUUUACUUUACAGAUUUUUAAAAAGUUUUCAGACAGACUACCAUCUCCUUUUUAGCUUCUUGGUUUCCUGUCUUUUUCAGAUGAGUGUCCCCACCCAAGUUAUACAAAUAUUCACCUAUUUUUUUUUCUAAAAAUUUUUAUUAAUUUUAAGGCUUAACUGAUCCAUUUGGAAUUUAUUUUUGUAUAUGGUAUACAAGAUAGAGGUCCAACUACACAUUUUAUUCACAUUGGAUACCUGAUUAUACUAUCACAUUUAUUAAAUAAACCACCCGUUCUCGAGUUCCUGAGCCAGUAUCACAUUGUUUUAACUACAGUGGCUUGACCAUAAAUUUUGGACUUUUGGUAAAGCAAGUCACCCUCUCAUUAGCUUCUUUUUUGGUAUAACUUGUCCUAGACAUUCAUUAUUUCAUAUGAAAGUUGAAAACACUUUUCCACAUUAAAAAAAAAUUUGAUAGUUAAAAUUGUCUUACAUUUCUGCAUUUUUAUUAGAGGAUUAUUUUAAUAAUAUUAAUCCUUAACACUCAAGAGUUUCAGUAUAUCAUUAAAAUCUUUUAGUUUUUUUGGGUAAUUUUCUUCUUAUAGGUCCGUACGGUCUGAUUAUAUUUAUUUCUAAAUAUUUUAAGUUUUUGUCACAUUUUGACUUUUUAAAUUGAGUAUUUUUCCUCCUCAUUUGUAACUUGUUAUUUGUGGUAAUAUAGACAAACUGCCGAUCUUUUAAAAUGUUUACCUUCUAUUUAAUCAACUUACUAAAUGUUCUAAAUUACACUGGGUUUUUAAAAUAGAAUAUUUUGGACGUUUUAGGUAUACAAUCAUUUCACCUGCAAAAAUAGAUAAUUUUAUUUUUUCUAAUGUUUAUAUUAUUAUUACAUCAGCAGGAUUCUCCAAAACAAUGUUGAAUAAUGAUUAUGACAUACAUGCCUGUCUGGUUCUUAAUUUUCACGGAAUUGUCUUUAAUAUUCCCUAUUAAUAGGAUAUUUGCUGUUGGUUAUUGGUAAACAGUCAUAAACCAUUACCAUGUUUAGAAAGUUUCUUCUAUUCCUGCUUUACAUAGCAUGAUUAGUAAAAGUGGCUCCUGAAUUUUAUCAAAUGUCUUUUCAGCACCUAUUGAUAAAAUCAUUGGAUUUUUUUCCUUUAAUUUGUUGAAUUAGAGUGCCAGGUAUGUGAUGUUGAAGCCGACUUAUGUUUCUGGAAUAAAUCUUAGUUGGUCAUGGUGUAAGAAUCAUUUGAUACAUUGCUGGAUUUAUUUACCAAUAUUUAUUUUAGAAUUAUUACAUUUACAUCCCAAAGUGAAAUUAUAUUUUUUCUUUCUUACACUGUCAGUUUCAAGUUUUUUUAUUAAAAUUGUGCUAGCUUUAAAAAAUGAAUUAGUGAGUUUUCAAUCUUUUUCUAUGGUCUGAAAUAGUUUAACUCGCAUUAGAAGUAUUUGUUCUUUAAAAGUUAGCUAGUACUAAACUGUAAAUCAGUCUAAUCCUGUUGACAUUUUCAAUGGUAGAUCAGCUUGCUUAUCUCUCCAAGGGUAAUUGGUUUAUUCAAGCGUUCUCUUAGAAAGGAAUGUGUACUCUCUGGGAAAUUCAAAGUUUAAAGUUUUCAUUAUUAUCAAGAUUCUUGAUUGUAUUAUUCAGGUACUUUAUGUCCUUUCAUGUUGCAUAUGCAUAUGUCUAGGUAUGUUCAAUUCUGGAAACAUUGUAAUAAAAUCAUCAGCUAUAA